CAUUAUAUGCUCCUCUUUCCUUCCAUCCAUCGCCAUGUCCAAACGCAGAGUCGCGUACUAUUAUGAUCCCGACGUCGGCUCGUACACCUACGGAGUCGGGCACUUCAUGAAACCGCAACGCAUGCGCAUCACCCAUGAACUAUUGUCGGCAUACGGGCUGCUCGACAAGAUGCACAUAUUACGAGCCGAACGCGCCCCUGCAGAAGCAAUGAGCCGUUUCCACACGGACGAGUACGUCCAUUUCUUGAACACAGUCACUCCGGAGACCGCCCAAGAAUUAACCGGCAACUAUUCUCGCUUUCUUGUGCCUGCUGAAGAUAACCCUGCGUUUCCCGGGGUUUUCGAGUUCUGUUCCAUUUCUGCAGGAGGGUCAAUAGCUGCGGCGCAGCGUCUUGCGAACGGUGCAGCAGAUAUCGCAGUCAACUGGGCCGGCGGUCUACAUCAUGCCAAGAAGCGUGAAGCCUCGGGCUUCUGUUACAUCAACGACAUUGUCCUUGCAAUACUGGAACUUCUGCGCUCUGUGCCCCGCGUUCUGUACAUCGAUAUCGACUGUCAUCAUGGCGAUGGAGUCGAGGAAGCGUUCUACACGACAGACCGUGUCAUGACCUGCUCCUUGCACAAGUACGGCGACUUCUUCCCCGGAACAGGCGCACUCAAGGAUCGAGGGUGGGGAAAGGGAAAAGGCUAUGCCGUGAACGUUCCGUUCAGGGAUGGUGUCACCGAUGACUCCUUCAAGAGUAUCUUCGAGCCUGUGAUCGACAAAAUCAUGGAGGUCUUCCGGCCAUCUGCUGUCGUCCUGCAGUGUGGUGCGGACUCUCUCGCCGGAGACCGCCUGGGAUGUCUUAAUCUCAGCAUGCAUGGUCAUGCAAAUUGCGUCCAGUACAUGCGCAAAAAGAACGUCCCAUUGAUGUUAGUCGGCGGUGGCGGGUACACGGUAAAGAACGUCGCAAGGACCUGGGCAUACGAGACGGCGUGCGCUCUCGGCAUCGAGCAGGAAAUCGACCCUCUCCUACCAUGGAACGAGUACUUCGAGUGGUUCGCACCGCGUUAUCGCUUGGAGGUCCCGUCCAACAACAUGACCGAUAUGAAUUUACAAGAUGGAUACCUCGAUCAUCUACGCGCUUCGGUUUUACAGCACCUCUCAGAGCUACAACCCGCGCCGUCCGUCGGACUGCACGAUGUUCCCCGGGAGAGUCUCGGCGAGCAUCUCGGCUUCUCGAAAGGCGAAGACUCCGACGAGGCAGAUGAGUUGGACGAAGAGCUUGCUCAACAUAGUCGAUUUGUAUAUAGGCUUCAAGACAUGAUGUCUGAAGACGGCUCAGACGACGAAAUGAUCAACGGCCACAGCGCAUCCGCUCGCCGUCAGCAUUCCGCCCGAAGACCUGGCCAUAGAGAGCGAAAACGAAUGAGUAUCAUGACGAACCAAUACCUUGACGUUCCGCGACUGGAUGAUCUGGCGCAUCAUGGCAGGUCAACACCUAGUAGCCUCGACAGCGUCAAUGCAAGCUCAAAGCGAUUCUUCUUCCGCAGUCCUGCCUCUUUACACGGUCACAUUUCAAGUCUCCUCAAUGAAUAUGACAACGGGAAUGCGCACUUCACAAGUCGAAGUGGGAUGCCUGGCCUCCAUUGGCAGAAUGGUGUGCAUUCUUCUGCGCUAUCUCUUGAUGACAUGGGAGUACAUGCGAAUGAGAGCUGAAAAAUGCAAACUUCUCUUGCUAUCUUAUUAUUAUUGCUAUCGACAGUUGUGAAGUAUUCACCGGGUUCUUCUGUAAUUAUCAUUCAAUUCAGUCAGUAAAACAUAUAAUAUCAUAAUGAAUUAUUCAGAAACUGAACACUUAC